GGAGUCACUAUGGACCUCAGCACUGCAACAUGGAAGACGAAAACAACACUGACGAAUAUCAAGUUCGACGUCAAAGAAGGUGAACUGAUUGUUGUCAUAGGACCAACGGGCGCUGGAAAGACCGCUUUAUUGUGCACGAUAAUGCGGGAGCUUGUGCGGGUGGAGGGUAAGGUGGACGUGCGAGGAACGCUCGCUUUCACCGCCCAGGAACCGUGGGCCUUUCCCGACACCAUUAUAAACAAUAUCGUGGACUUCGGGAAACCAUUCUACAAAGACAAGUAUGACAGGGCGAUAAGCAUCAGCGAGCUGGAAAUGGAUAUACAGGGCAUGCCGUACGGGGAUAAGACGUUUGUCGGGGAUAGGGGAGUCACCCUGAGCGGGGGUCAGAAGGCGCGCCUCGGCCUGGCAAGGGCUGUGUAUGCUGACGCUGACAUCUACUUGCUAGACGAUCCUCUCAGUGCGGUGGACGCGGCGGUUGGGAAAAAACUCUUCGACAAGUGCAUACUGGGAGCUCUGGGAAGCAAAGUCCGGAUUUUGGUGACACAUCAGCUCCAGUUUCUAAACAAAGCUGACAAGAUUCUGGUUCUGGACAAGGGCAACCAGGUCUCUUUCGGAACGUAUGAAGAAGUCUUGGCGUCUGGAGCUGACUUCGCGCAACUUCUAGUAGGCAAGGGCGACGACGAUUCAGGAACUGCGGUGGACAAGAAAGGCUCAACAGAGAGCAGCAGAACCAAUGUAGAGAUUGAGGAGGGCGAGGAGGACGAGGAGGAUGAGGAGGAAGACGAGGAUACCAACUUUGUGGAGGAAGAGAGAGUCGAAGGAAGCGUGAGUUGGCGGGUGUACGUCAAAUAUCUGACAUCAGGACCUCCACGCUGGUACCUGUUUAUGAUGGUGUUCUUUAUCCUAGCUUUUGAGGUAAGAUGUUCUACUCAUUGGGUGGACAGUAUCGCUCACUUGAACAAAACCCUCCCGAGCGGACAACCCCGGCCAGUCCCCGGGGCCAUCUCGCUCUAUCACCUGAAGAUGUACGCCGGCCUUGAGGGUCUAACGGUCCUUCUAUCCAUCAUCUCUACGGUACUGAUCAUUUACGCCACCUACCGAGCAUCAGUCAAUCUUCACAACAUGAUGUUCAACGCCGUCAUGCGGGCACCCAUCGGCUUUUUCGUCAAGAACCCCUCUGGGAGGGUUCUUAACAGGUUUGCGGACGACUUGCUUAAGGUGGAAGAGCACAUUCCCCAACAACUAAUAUCCAGCAUCGAGGGUUUGCUCGCUGCCAUUGGAGCUGUAGUGAUGAUUUGCAUCGGCAAUCCCUGGGCAAUCCUGCCGACAUGCCCGCUAGUUCUCGGCUUCGCUUUCAUGUACAACUACUACAUGCCGACUGUGCGACAUCUGGCGAGACUGAAAGCAACAAACGCCAGCCCCAUCUAUACGCACGUGUCGGCAGUCAUGGAGGGACUGUGGACGAUCAGAGCUCUGUCAGCUCAAGAGAACUUCAAGAGGCGGUUCAGAGAUAUUGUCGAUCAGCACAGUGAGGCUGAAUUCCUCGACAUCGCGACCAAGGCCUGGUAUAAGGUCAGAGUCAAGGUCCUGGACGCCACCUUCAACACCUUCCUCACAUUCAUGUGUAUAUUGUCGUCAGAAAGUCUUGGUGCUGGACGCGUGGGUCUCACUCUUUCGUAUGCGCUUCUAAUGUCCGAGCACGCUGAAUUUAUUGUGGAGGCCAUUAAAGAAUUGGAAAGCGUCAUGAUCAAUACCGAAAGGGUGAUAGAAUACGCCGAGCUGACGCCUGAAGCACCGUAUGAGACCGACCACAAACCCCCGCCGGACUGGCCGGCAUACGGCGCCAUAGAUCUGAAAGGAGUCUACCUUUCCUACGGCGAGCAGGAGUCUUUCGUUCUAAAGAACGUCAACUUGAACAUAGUCGGGGGAGAGAAGGUUGGCAUCGUUGGUCGUACCGGCGCGGGGAAAAGUUCCCUGCUGAUGAUGCUGAUGAGGCUGGUAGAACCGACAGGCAGUAUCCGAAUAGACGGGGUGGACAUCCGUAAACUGGGACUGCACGAUCUCAGGAAGAAGAUCUCCGUCAUUCAACAAGAUCCCAUCAUGAUCCAGGGGACCGUUAGGAAAAAUCUGGAUCCCUUGGACAUGCACUCAGACCAUGCAUUGUGGACAUCGCUGAAUGAGGUUUACAUGACUGAAGACAUACAGAAGCUUCCGCAAGGCCUGGACACGCCGAUAGGGGAGAGAGGUGGAAGUCUGAGCGUGGGGCAGAAGCAGCUCCUGUGUCUGGCGCGGACCAUUCUGUACUACAACCGCAUCCUGUUGUUUGACGAGGCGACAGCCAACAUCGAUCUCAAAACGGACCGGCUGAUCCAGUCGACCAUCAGGGAACGCUUCAAACACUGCACCGUGUUGACCAUCGCGCACAGACUCAACACCGUCAUGGACUCCGACAGAAUCGUGGUGAUGGAUGAAGGUCGUGUAGCAGAAUUUGACGAGCCACACCUUCUGUUGACGGAGUACCCGGAUAGCAUCUUCAGCAAGCUGGUGUCUGAAACCGGGGAGUCCAUGGAACGUGAACUGAGGAAAGCUGCACACCAGAGUUAUCUACAAAAGCACGAACAGAAGAAAUCACAGUAACAGUCUAAC